AGUAAUUUGUUGACGGAACUCAAAGAGAUUAAAACAGAAAAAAUACGAAAAGCAUUUCGAUACACACAAUUUUGAGUUGAACAAAUGUGCUCACAGUGAUUAAUUUGUGCAGAAUUACAACAACAAAAAAGUUUUAUGUGACACGGUCUUUUACCGACAUCAAGUCUAUAUUUCACGUUGUAGCUGGAACUAAUAAAAGUGUGUCUGAAUGAAUAUGAUAGCCACCAUUUGGCUGUUCUCAUUGCUGUCUACAACAAUGUUACGCGAAAUUGAAUGUAUGUACGAAUCGCCAGUUCUCGAAUAUGAAAUCAACGAUCCAUUUACAUCUGCAGAGCAGGAUACCGUGCAAAUGGAAAAGAGAACCAAACCCUCACUUUCAAUUGUGAACCCCUUAGAUGUGUUGCGUUCACGAUUAAUGUUGGAGAUAGCUAGGAGGCAAAUGAGGGAAAACUCUAAACAGGUUGAACUAAACAGAGCCAUAUUGAAAAAUGUCGGAAAACGCGUUAAUCAUCUGAACGUUAUGGAUUUCCAUAGACUGGGCAAGGACCAACUGAAACAAAAACUGACAAACGCUCAAAACAAUGACGAUCUGCAUAUAAAGUAUUUGUACAGCCUAAAGUAUAACAAUGUUUAAAGUGAUGUUAUGGAUGUAAAAAAAAGUCUUUUUUGAAAAAAAAGUAAUUUAUUUAUUAAAUGAUGUUGAAUCUGAAUCGUUUUCUUUUGAAUACUAACCAUAUUUACACAUAUAUACAACAAUGAAUAAGUUAAUAUAUUUUUAGAUAAUGUCUAUAUACACACAACAAUCAAAAACAAUAUCAGCCCACUGUAGGUACUGGUAAUUUUUUCUUUUCUUUCAUUUAUUUUCUUUUUUAGAAAAAAAAUAUCAUAACCAAAAGCACGUAACGGUAUUAUUUACACAAGUACGCGAUGUUUGCGGUAUGCGUGCCCUGACAAGCUACCGUAACUUCGAGAAAUUCUAGUAUACAAUACAGUUCAUGCGAUGUUUAAUGUGUACGCACCAUGUAAGUUGUAUAUUUCCAUUGCCUAAGAUAAAACAUAUUUGCACUAAUUAGGACUAUUACGGUGGACGAACCAGCAUCCGAAAAUUUACCAGUAGUCGGAGACAUGUUUUUCCGUUGAUAAACCUAUUAAUGAAACAAUAGGUGUCCCACUACUGGUACAUGUUCGGAGACUGGUACCGCCACUGUAAGAAAUGAUAUCUAACUGAAUUGACAAAAUGGUACGAGCCGUGAAGGAAGAAAAGAACGAGUGGCAUGGGGGAGGCUAAAUACGGUUUCGUGUUAGAAAAGGUGGCUCGUAACCGGUGUCAUUACCCUACUGACCUCUUAAGAGCUUUCGUUCAGUCAAUUUUAAC